AUGGCACAGAAAUUUCACUCUACAGCUCGCAAGAUUGUCGCAAUUGGACGCAAUUACUCUGAACACGCCAAAGAGCUUCAAAACGCAAUUCCAAAGGAACCUUUCUUCUUCUUAAAGCCAACAAGCUCCUUUGUACGCACCCGGGGCAACAUUGAGAUUCCACAAGGCGUCGUUGCGCAUCACGAAGUUGAGCUUGGUGUCGUCAUUGGCGAGACUGGAAGGGACAUUUCGCACAACGACGCCCUAUCGCAUAUUGCUGGUUACUCGCUAGCUAUCGAUAUGACGGCUAGAAACAUUCAAGACGAAAUCAAGAAGAAGGGUUUGCCUUGGUCUACCUUGAAAGGCUUUGAUAGCUUCACUCCGAUUGGUGAUUUCAUCCCUAGGGAGAAAGUAUUCGAUCCACAUCAAUUGGGCUUGUGGUUAAAGGCAGAUGAUGCCAUCAGACAAAUGGGACGCACUUCUGAUAUGAUAUUCCGUAUUCCAAGACUUAUCCAGCACGUUUCAUCCAUCAUGCGUUUGGAGGAAGGUGAUGUUUUGCUCACCGGUACGCCUUCUGGCGUUGGACCGCUGAUACCAGGUCAAACAGUCAGUGCGGGUGUCACGCAAGGGAAGGAGGAGCUCGACAGACUUGAGCUGAAAGUAGUGCAGCGCCAAGGUGGAUAUGUCUACGAAGCAGACAAGUGA